UUCAUUGGAUUCUCAACAUUAAUUUUCAGUGUUUCUGUUGUAGAUGUUCUUGGAGAAUUAGUUAUGGAUGUAUUUGUUCGGCCAGAAAAUACUUUAAUUGACUGCAAUACUAGAUUUAGUGGAUUGAAUGCCGAUCAAAUUCUCCAUGCCGAAUGCAAUUUGGAUAAAGCACGCGAACGCUUAUUUGAAUUGAUCAACUCUGAAACAAUUUUAAUAGGGCAUUCACUUGAAAGUGAUUUGCGUGCAUUACGCCUUGUACAUACUCGUGUUGUGGAUACUAGCAUUGUUUUUCCUCAUCGACUUGGCCCUCCGCAAAAGAGAGCACUUAAAACAUUAGCUUCUGAAAUUCUUCAAAUAAUCAUUCAAGAGGAAGAAGGUGGGCACGACAGUAAAGAAGAUGCAUUGGCCUGCAUGAGAAUUAUGUUGAGGAAAGUACGUGCUGUAGAAUGCUGA